UCACGAACACACCUUUCUCUCUCUCUCUCUCUCUCUCCCACUCGGUCACUCCCAUUCUCUCUCAUGAACUGUUUUACUCUCACAGUCUCACAGUCUCUCCUUCUCUCCUGUCACUCUCUACAGCUAGAUCUUUCCUGGCUAGAUAAGUAAAUAAGGAAAAAAAUCCACUGAGAAUGGGCUGGUUAUUCGCCUUUAAUGAAAACAAAACAGAAAAUACGAAGAAAACUAUUAAAAUGAGAUUAAAAAAAAGUGUUUUUUGAACAAAAACUCUCUUCGUCAUACGUGAAGCAAGACUGAAUACUGAACGAAAUUACGUGAAAAAAAAACAAACAAGAAAAUGCUCCAGAAAGUUAGACUUCUUCAGCUGUUGCAAAAAAGUUUCGACUUCAACUCAGUGCUGAAGAAAAAUACGCCUCUGUUUGAAAAGCGACCAGGUGUAACGCAGGAUACCAUUAACAGUACAAAGACCAGCGAGGAUGAAGGCAAAGGUGACGUUGUUGGUGGCGAUGAGGAAAAGAAAGGAGGUGAGGAGGAGGAAGAGAAGGAAGACAAGGGGAAGAGGAGCUGUGUGGUGGAGACGCUGGUGGGGGGCGUGCCAGAGGAGCAGCACCUGAGGGAACACCACCACGCCCUCAUGUACGGUGGCUCCUCCCUCGCUGCCUUCGUCAAGAGGAGGAGGAAAGAGAAGGAACUCAUCAAGCGGUUCGAGGAGGUGGAGUCUUGGGUGAACGAACGAGAUCCCAAGCUGGCCAGGGACUUGUACAUCCUGAGGGAGACACACCUGGCCUACGAGAUGACUUGGUGCAGGAUCAAGUACCACCCCAGCCUGCUCAAGGUACGCAACGGGGAAGGAACUAGAGAAUAAGGGUAAUAGGAACUAAGUGAAGAGUAAGGGCAAGAAAGGAAUAGGAGUGGAAAAAAUACUCGAGAAUGAGGUGAUAAAUAGGAACUAAGUGAAGAGUAAGGGAGAGAAAAAUAGGAAUGGGAAAAAUACUUCAGAAUAACGUGACAGAAGGGAUGAUAAAGGGAAACUAAGUGGGUGAAGAAGAGAAAAUGGUAGGAUUAAGUUAGGUUAGGUUAAUGGUACGGGAGGAAAACGGAGUCCAGGGAUAAAGAGAUAGACAAAAAUAAUAGAGAAAGGAGCCGAGUGAGGGACAAGGCAUAGAAAGUACAUGAUAAUAUGAGUAGGAAAAGAGUUACAGGGAAUGCAAUAAGAAAAGGGACCUGAGAAUAAAGGAUGGAAAAAAGAUGCAGAAAGGAACUGAAUGAAGAAUGGAGAAGAGAGGGGAGUGAAUGAUGAUGAAAAGGAAAGUUACGAAAGAGCUAGAACAAAGGAAAGAAGGGAAAGAAACAAGGAACAUGGGAGUGAAGGAAUGAAAACGAUGAUAAAGAAGGAAAACUAGUGAGGAAUGGUGGAGAUAGAAGAGGGGAUAAAGAGAAGAUAAGGAGAAAAAUAGAAAUAAGGUAUAGUAAAUUAGAGAAUGCAAUAGUAUGAAAAAUAGAACAAAAUAAUCUAAAUCAUAUACACUUUACUAAUUGACUUAUUUUACCUCAAUUCUAAUUAAAAAAAUAUAUAUAAAAAUUAAACCAUAGCACCUGCACUCACCCUUAGCACACCUGAGCACACCUGAACACACCUGUAAUCUGCCAAGUCGUUGCAAUUAUGUUCCAGGUAAGCGGAGGUGACGAGGGACACGAGAACAAUCAACUAUCACAGGUGGGGGACUCUUCCAAACCUGUCCCCGUCACCCACACACCUGUCAGUCACUCAAGUCCCCUUCACAA